AUGAGUCUGCCGUUAUCUAGGAUAUUCUCUGUUGCUUUUGCAACACUCUUCCUAGCAGUCAUUGCUAUCAAGACUUUCUUUCCAGGAAAUGACCCGUAUCGUUGUCGCGCUCUCAAAGACACUGGGCGCUGGAUCGACCCGCCACGGGAUGAAGAAGGCAAUAGAAACCCCUUCCAGAAGUGGCAGCCGGAUGGAUGCAUGCUCAACCACUAUGCAUCGAACGACAUUCGACGAUGUUUGGAGGACCGGCGAAUCACAAUUGUCGGUGACUCAACUUCACGAUAUGUGGCUCAUGGGUUCAGCCGUCUGAUCGAUGAGAUGCGAUCCGAUCUCGACAGAGAACAAGAUAAAAUGCCGUUGUACAGAGGUUUCAACAUGACAUACCAUGGUCAAAUGAUUCAGCGUCUCCCUAAUGUCUGGCUCUCUCCCCAUGGCGCUCCGGGCCAAGAACAGUUCGCCAGAAACCUAGAGGCCUUUCUGGGUGAGAAGCAGAGCCCGCCAUCCAUUAUAGAUCAGGAAGGACCAGCAUUAUUAUAUAUCGCCGCUGGUGUCGCAUUCAAUAAUGAGCAUAGUUUAAGGCCAGAGCUCAAGUCCAACAUAACCAACGACACUGCGAUCGUUUCUUGGGAAAAGCGUUUCAAGACAUAUAAAGAUCGCUUAACAAAGAUUGCCAGCUUCGUCAAAGAACAUACGCCAAAUGUCGACGCCUUUACUGCCCCUAUGGAUCCGAUCGAUGGUUUAGGAAAUCAGAUCUUUUAUGCUCCUCCGACUAUUCCUCUAUAUCUCGGUAACAACUCUGAACGCAUGGAGGACUCGCAUAGAAGAGAAGCUGAGGUCUUUGACAUGCACGAUUGGUUACACGACAUUGAAGAGGACUGGAGGCUUCCUUUCGUGUGGUCGAUUUCGAAGCUCACAGUUGGCCAGAAGAAGGCUUGGAUCGAUCCAAAUGCUACAGAGCUUCAUGUUAGACGCCAGAUCGCAGAUACUCGGGCAAAUAUCCUUCUCAAUCUGAGAUGCAACGCAAAGCUCGAUCGGAUAAGAUCUUACCCUUACUCGCGCACAUGCUGUACCGACUACGGAACCAAGCCAAUUUCUCAACUUGGCUUCGUCUUCUUUGGCAUUAUUUACUUGGCUGCGUGUAUUGUUUGCGAGAUCCUGGACAUUUGUGGCAGCAAACCACGACAGAACAUAUUUAACAUGAAAGUAGGAUUCCUCGUCCUAGCUCUGCUCAUGUGCUAUUAUGCGGAUCGAACGCAGAUGAUUGCCAAGGGCAGCAAACUGAGGUCGCCAACGGAAUUCAUUAUUAUUUGUAUGCCAUGUAUUGCCGUUACACUCGCCACAAUUCGACGUUCGCCUUCCCCGCCUUCCAGGGAUCUCACCAUAACAAUAACGGCAAAGGCAGCAGAUCAGCCUUUUCUUUCGCGGUAUCAGACUGAUGAGUGGAAAGGAUGGAUGCAGUUCUUUAUCCUGAUCUACCACUGGACUGGAACCAUGGAGAACUCUGUAUUCUUCUUCAUCCGUGUAUGUGUGGCAGCAUAUCUUUUCCAGACUGGUUAUGGACACACUCUGUACUUCCUCAAGAGGGGUGACUUCUCAUUCAACCGUGUGGCAGCUGUUCUCUUGAGGUUGAAUAUCCUUACUUGCCUGCUUGUCUACUUCAUGAACACCGACUACAUGUUCUAUUACUUUGCACCUCUUGUCUCCUUUUGGUUCCUGGUAGUAUACACUACCAUGGCAGCUGGAGCAAAGUACAAUAGCGAUCCGCAGAUGGUGUUAGCUAAGAUUUGUCUCUCGUGUCUCAUCGUCUCAUCGGUCUUCUGGGCAACUCCUUUCACCAAAUGGGCGUUCCGUCUUCUCAGGCUCGUCUUCAACAUCCAAUGGAGCGAUGCGGAAUGGCAAUACCGUGUCAGACUCGACAUAUUCGUUGUCUACGUUGGUAUGCUGGCUGCUGUCAUCAAUAACGAAAUGAAAAGGACAAUGCUUCACAGCGGACUUCGAAAGGUACUCGCUUUCGCUGGUGUUUUUGUAAUUGGUCACUACUUCAGAGCGACAGCACACCUUUCGCAGACGGAAUACAAGAUAUGGCACCCAUUCAUGUCCUUUUUCCCUGUGCUAGCAUUUAUCGCGUUGCGGAAUGUCUGCAGUCAUGUACGGAACUACCACUCAAUGGCCAUGGCUUGGUUGGGUCGUUGUUCUUUGGAGUUGUACGUCCUGCAGUUCCAUCUCCUGCUGGCAGCCGAUAGUAAUGGGAUUCUAAUCGUGGAUGGCCUUUUUGGAGAUGGAUCACUUCUUGGAGACCGUUGGAGGACCUUGGUAGUAAUUGUUCCGAUAUUCCUGUGGGUUUGCAGCUCGGUGGCCGAAUCCACGAGUCAUGUUGUCGGUCUCAUCAUGACAGAAACUUCAGAUGGAGAUGGUUACCAGAAGCCAGGCGUUGUUGAAUCGGAAAAAGUCAGAGGAUCUACAAGUCUUACAGGGCCAAAGGUUCGUGUGGUGGGUAUAUUGGGAAUUAUGUGGCUACUGAAUCUUGCAACACCGGGACAUAUACUCCCAGUUCCUCAAGACGGUGGUCACUCUGUUAGUAGCUUCCCUUCCCAACCAGCGGACAUACCGUAUUAG